GUCAUUUGCCCGCGAAACCCGAGGCUAUAUAAACAUGUCGUCAAACUUUGUAAGUUGAUUUUAUAAAAUCAGUUUGUUCUCACAACGUUAAAAACACCUAACCGUAUCUAUUUGAACUAACUGAAGUAUAUCCUUGUUUUUUUCUUUCGAAAGGAGGGCAUUAAAGGCUACAAAUUCACAAAUUGGUCAAAGACAUUCAAGUGCGAGCCUGAGCUGUACUUUGAACCUACGAACCACGACGAAAUUCGCAAGGUAAUUUGAGAUUUUUACGUGUUUUUUUUUAUUUCCUGCUGUGGAAGGUAGCGAUUUAAAUGGUGAACGAAUUUGGAGAAGUUAAAUAUAAUUCAAGGAAUGGUUUUAGCGUUUUUGUUUAAAAUUUACUAGCAAGAAUGUGUAUUUUCCUCGACGUGGAAAACCUCGUGCAUUGUUGCGUAACAAAUUAGUAACAGUACAAAACUAAAAAAUGUACCAGUCAGUGUGUUAUACAAAUUUUUACGUUAUACAACAGUAUAUAGAACUAUUCUGAAGUUUAAAGGUUUUGAAGUGUGUAUGUAGAUGAUAAGUUUCCCUGUUAGGGAGGUCGAGGGCAUGCUCUCCUGGGAAAUUCCGAAAUCUGAGACCUCCCAGAGCCCUGGAAAUGCAAGACGACUCUUAAUCUAAUAUUACCUGUCAUUUGUUUAAUCCAACCAGAAAUAGAUUGAAUACUUGGCUAUAUAAGUUAAAAAUAUACUGUUAACUAAUCUGAAAGAUUUCAGUAUUCUUAGUUUAUAAAAAUUGCAUAUGUACCGGUAUGGAAAAUUAUUGGGGGGGGAGCUAAAGCACCCCAGCCCCCCUGCUCUGAGGUCCCUGAGUUAUAUAUAGUCUUUGUGAAAUACAACGUUGAAAAGCUCGCUUUAUUUUAGAUUCUUCACGAAGCCGCAAAACGGAACAAAAAAGUUAAAGUCAUUGGAGAGGGUUGUUCACCCUCAGAUAUUCAAUGUACUCCAGAUUAUAUGAUCUCUUUACGAAAGUUGAACAAAGUUCUUAAUGUAAGUAUCUCGUGAAUAUUAUCAUCACCAUCAUUGCCACCACCUAUAUCCCACUACCAUCAUCACCACUGUUAUCAUGAUGACAUGAUCAUUAACAUCAUCACCAUUAUCAUCACCAUCAUCAUCACCAUCAACACCUAUCCCACUACCAUCAUCACCACUGUUCUUAUCAUUAUCAUCAUCACCAUUAUCAUCACCAUCAUUAUCACCAUCAUUAUCACCAUCAUUAUCACCAUCAUCAAUACCACCAUCAUCACCAUCAUCCACACCACCUAUCCCCACUACCAUCAUCACCACUGUUAUCAUGAUGACAUGAUCAUCAUCAUCACCAUUACAUACAUUCCAACCACUGGAGGUAAAAUUUAGGGAGACUGUUCAGUGAAUUGAAAUCUAGUUCUUCUGGGAAAAAAUAAUAAAAAUUAAGUCUUCCGAAAUGUAGCCUGCGCGCAGACUAUAUAAUGACAUAUAUAGUCUGCGAAUCUGUGGCAUGAAGCUUGUAUGGUCACGUGAAUUUCCCAAGAAAAGUUGGGACGAAUUGUGAUUGGUUGAACUAUAAUUAUAAUGCAGAAUUAAUGUUAAUUCAUCAGACAUUGCGUUCGCAACGCGCGUUGAGCUGUUCAAAAUUGACCGUUUCCAGGGUCAAAUGACAAUGUUUAUAUUACAGUUGUAUUUAUAGAAGUGUGGCGGAUAAACAAGAAAGGCCGUUGUAGAAGAAAUCAAUAAUAUUACAUCUUCUGUUUGGUGAAAUGGGCUUUCCGUUUUGAAAACAACGGCCUUUUUUGUUUAAUCGCCACACUUCUAUAAAUACAACUGUAAUAAACAUUGUCAUUUGAGUCAUUUGACCUUGGAAACCGUCAAUUUUGAACAGCUAACGCGCGUUGCGAACGCAAUGUCCGAUGAAUUAACACUAAUUCUGCAUAAUUAUAGUUCAACCAAUCACAAUUCGUCCCAACUUUUCUUGGGAAAUUCACGUGACCAUACAAGCUUCAUGCCACGGAUUCGCAGACUAUAUAUGUCAUUAUAUAGUCUGCGCGCAGGCUAUCCGAAAUGGCGUUUCCUGCAUUUUGGGACUAUGUUAUUAUAUAUGAUCCUAUAAAUUGCCAUAAAGCAACUUCAAAAAAGGUCAAGACAGACUAUUAUGUUGCUAAAAACAGUAUAUUUAUAAUUUUUUAUGAUAUUUCCUGAAUAUUCUGAAAAAUCGGGAGAAUUUGAUAAAAAUCGGGAGACCGGGAGAUUGCAUGAAUUUUCGGGAGACUCCCGGUAAAAUCGGGAGAGUUGGAAUGUCUGUCAAUACUAUUUAUAUUUUGUCAGCCAUGUUGUUGUCAUGCGUGUUGUCUCGCGUGGUCUACGCGAAUAAUAUUCCACCCCUUGUUCCGGCCGGGGAACAUGGGGUGGAACAUUGUCAAAAGGAACGCAGGCUCGCUAAUUGAUGACGUAAGGCGUGAUAUCGCAAUUAAUUUCAUGCCCACGUUGCACGAACUAAGCUUCCUGAUUGGACAGUUUGAAUCUGAGGUAUAAUAUUACGGCAUAAUUAAUAAUAUAGUUGAUGAUUAUUUGUACAUGCGAAAUGUUGAGCAGGGGCUGAUUGUAUAAAACUCUUAAUCACCCUUUUAAUCACUAUUUCGUAGUUAAAUAGUGAUUAACUCUCAAAUACGUGCUUCUUAUUGGAUGACGUUUCCACUAACUAUAGUUAACUUUAAUCACUUUUUUAUACAACCGGCCCCAGAAGAUUAAUCAAUCAUAUAAAAUUUUAGACCUAACCACAGAGUAGAGACAUACAGAGACGUAACUAACCGUCGUAAACACUGCGGAAGAUUACGUUAUCGUGUACCCACUUUUUUCAGGCGACCGGGCGAAAAAUGAUCAACUGCGCCUGCUCAGCAAGUGUAAAAUGAACUAAACUAAACUUAGCUAUGUAAAUUAGUUUUUAAGCAGUGUUUAUUCCAACUUGCAGACAAAUAAAACUGGAAGACCAGAUAAUGAAGAUGGAGAACAAAUAUCAACAGGUAUUCAUUUUAAUAUAUUUUGAUUAUUAUAAUUAAUGAAUUUAUAUAUAAUUAAUAUAUUUGAACAAUUAUGUCGAUUUGUUGAGCAUCACUUCUCGACACUGACUUUGAUUAAUACAGCUUGGACUAAUCUAAUCAUUGUAUUAAAAGCGGUACCCGUCUCCCUAGCAAUUAAAUGUCCCUACAGUAACUCGAAUCGGGCAAACUAAAUCCUUUUCAGGCUGUCAGGUACAAAAACAAUGAUCUUAUAUUUAGGACAACAACAUUCCAAUGACACGUGCACAGCAUUGCGACAGAAAAACAGCAGUCUUCCUAGUGGGUCAUACUUUAUAUAUCCAGGAGACGUCGCUUUGUCGCCAUUUCAAGUCCAUUGUGACAUGGAAUCGAAGAAUGGCAUCGGAGUGAUUGUGAUUGGACACGAUAGCGAAUCAAGAACGAAAGUUGACAACUAUGAAGAUGCCGGAUCUUACAGCAGAAAAAUUCGAUAUAAUACCACAAUGCAACAGAUUGUUGCCGUCAUCAAUCAAUCCAAAAUUUGCGAGCAGUUUAUCAUGUACGAAUGCUGGAACAGUCUCCUUUUAUACGAUUCCGUGGGAUAUUGGAUUUCACGGCAAGGCAAAAGAAUGAAUUACUGGGGUGGGGCCGCAGUGGACAGUGGGAAAUGUGCCUGUGGAAUGAACCGUACGUGUGUUGGGGGUGGAAACUGUAAUUGUGAUGCGAAUGACGAACGUCUCCGGGAAGAUAGCGGAUUCCUGACUGACAAGAAUACACUACCUGUUGCUGAACUGAGGUUCGGGGAUACUGGCGGAAAUAAUGAGUAUGGAUAUCACACUCUUGGCAAGUUACUCUGUUGGGGAUAAAUGAUUAUAAUUAAUAUCAUGGCAUUCAGGGCGAUUAGUGAUUAAAUGUACCCGAAAGCCGAGAGAGGUUUAGUAACUACUAAACUAAACCUCUCGAGGCUUGAGGGACAUUUCAUCACUAAUCGACCGUAAUUCCAUGCUAUUACUUUGUAAUAUCAUAGUUGCCGAGAGAAUAGGACGGUUUUUACUUGAUUGAGUAAGUUAAAAGAAUAUUAAGCGGGUUUGUUGAUUGUUAUUAUUGAACAGUUUAGUGGUGCAUAGCGCCCAAAAAUUGUCGGAUAGUUCGAAUGAUACGACUGUGAGAAAUGAUUCUAUAAAUAUAAGCGAAGAGGAUAGUGUAUUGGUAAAUGCAUGUAUAGAUUACGAAAGGAGCCAGUCACAUAUCGAUAUCGGAGGCAUUUUGCAAGGAGGAACUGUUCAGACAGUGAACAUUAAUAUUGUGAAUGAAUGA